AUGCUAGAUAAUGCUCAAUCAAUCAUAUUAAAAGAUAACAAAUUUAUAGGCAACAAGGCUAUAAAUAUCCCAGAACUUGCAAUAUAACCAAUUGAUCCUUUGGCAGGAGGAGCUAUUUAUUACUCAUAUAAAUAUGGACAGAUAGUUGGCUCAGAUUCUGCUAGUAAAGUAAAAAUAGCAGUAUCAUAAAGUUAUCUGAUUGAUAAAGAUAUUAAAUAUCCACCAAUAAUAGAGGGAAGUAGAGAUUUUUAAGUGUUAGGCGGAAUAACAAUAAUAAAUUAAGUGAAAAUAUCCUCGACUCCAGGACAAUAGCUUUAAUUAUCAUUUUCAACUGAUGGUAUUGACCUUGGUAAACCUUCAAAUAAAGAAGCAAUGCAGUAAUUAGGAAAGCAAGAACUGAGUUUAUAGCUAGAUUUAAAAUUAAGAGAAUGUGUGGAAGGAGAACAAUUUACUACAGUUGGUAAAUGUAUCAAAUGUGAAGGGAAUUCAUAUUCUCUAAUAAUAAUGAAUCAGCCAGGAUCAUGUGAAGCUUGUCCCACAGAUAAAGCUAUAUGUAUGGGUGGAGCUGAUAUUGGACCGUUACCAGGCUUUUGGAGAAAAAAGAUGGCAACUAAUGCAAGUUAUGUCCAGAAAAUUGGAUUAAUUCUUUAAGAUUGCUAGCCAUUUUAGUUGCAUUGA